AUGUCGCCGUACAAAGAUCGUCAACCACAAUCUUCUCCUCCACUUGCCGUCAAACGAAAGCCAUCUCCUGAUGCCAUUAGCGGCAGUAACUCGGAGCAAGGAGAUGGGAGUUGUGUUUCCGCAGAGUUGGAUUUUCUGAGUGAUUUUCAUCGUGACACCAAGAAACAGAAAGGAAGUGAAAACCCAUCAUCAACAAAACAGAACCAGUCAGUCUCAUCAUCGGACCUGAAGAUUUCAACAACACUGGUUCUGUUCGAUGAAUCUUGGUCUUCGAUAAUCAAAGACUCCGUUCAAGAAGACUCGUCCAAAAAAUCUUGCCCACAGUAUGAUUUCUCCACGAUACUUUCCAAGAUUUCAGCCAUGAAACAUUACACCAUAGAGGAGGAAAAGAAAGAAACAGAGAAAGGGGUCUGCACCAAACUGAGUCUUUACACCGAUCCAUGGAAGAUAAAGAAGAAUCUCACUCGUAGUGAUCUGGGCGACCUGUGUAGACUGUUGGUGAAGACAAGCCUGAUCAAGAACCACGUGUUGUCAUUGUUGAGCGAAGAGAUAGUAACGAAGGUGGAGAGCACGGAGGGUGCCAAAGUCAAUGUGUUGGAUCAAGACACCAUGACUGAACAUGAACUGGUAUUCAAGCAUUGGGUAUCGUCAAAGAGCUAUAUUUUCAUUGGUAAAUGGGGCAAAGAUUUUGUCAGGAGAAGGGAGCUGCGGGAAGGAGAUGAGAUUGGACUUUACUGGGAUAAUUAUACUUCGAGAUUCAUCUUCCACGUUCUGAAUCGUGCUCCGCCUUCAUGA